AUGAGGAAGCCGGACGUGAAGAUCGUGCUCCUGGGGGACAUGAACGUGGGGAAGACGUCGCUGCUUCACAGGUACAUGGAGCGACGCUUCCAGGACACGGUCAGCACGGUGGGGGGCGCCUUCUACUUGAAGCAGUGGCGCUCCUACAACAUCUCCAUCUGGGACACUGCAGGGAGGGAACAGUUCCAUGGACUGGGCUCCAUGUACUGCCGAGGCGCUGCUGCGGUCAUCCUCACCUAUGAUGUCAACCACCUGCAGAGUCUCGUAGAGCUAGAGGACCGGUUCCUGGGCCUCACAGACACAGCCAGCACCGACUGCCUGUUUGCCAUUGUGGGAAACAAAGUGGACCUCACUGAGGAGGGGGCUGCAGAGGACCAAGGAGGGGAGGAGGGCGGCUCUGGGGAGGCUGCCAGCAGCUGUGUCUCCUGCAAGGGCCCCAGGCAGGUCAGGCUGGAGGAUGCAGUGGCCCUUUAUAAAAAGAUCCUCAAGUACAAAAUGCUGGAUGAGAAGGACGUGCCAGCCGCUGAAAAGAUGUGCUUCGAGACCAGCGCCAAAACCGGUUACAACGUGGAUCACCUCUUUGAAACUUUGUUUGAAAUGGUUGUGCCAGUCAUUUUACGACAGAGAGCCGAGGGUCCUCCCCAGACUGUGGACAUAAGCAAUUAUAAGCCGCCAAAACAGACAAAGUCUGGUUGCUGUGCUUGA